GGUUUAUGCACCCGUUUCCAUGUUAGCCCACAACUCAUCGUAACCCCACGGAAAUUCUAAAUCGGUAAAUCCCUUUUUCUCCUCCGUCCGCGGCCAUCACCUCUACCCUCACGCAACGGAGCACCGCCGCACUCGCUCGUCAUUUGAAGUCUUUCUUUCAGAAUGGCAACAACUCUUCUCUUCUCCACUAAGGGUUGCGACCACUGUUCACUCAUCAGGAAAACUCCUAGGUGGAGGUCUCCUAGAGCUGCACUAUCUCCCAAUCUUCAUCUUCCUAUGCGGAGUAAUGAGGUUAAGAAUAGGACAUAUGCCGAGGAUAUCAAAGCACUUAGAUUGGUCACUGCAAUAAAAACUCCGUACCUACCUGAUGGCAGAUUUGAUCUUGAGGCCUAUGAUGCCUUAGUGAACAUGCAGAUUGAGAGAGGCGUUGAAGGGGUAAUUGUCGGUGGUACAACUGGUGAAGGUCAACUAAUGAGCUGGGACGAACACAUCAUGCUCAUUGGCCAUACUGUCAACUGCUUUGGUGGGUCCAUCAAAGUCAUAGGCAACACAGGAAGCAACUCAACCAGGGAAGCAAUCCACGCGACUGAGCAAGGCUUCGCCGUAGGGAUGCAUGGGGCUCUUCACAUCAAUCCCUAUUAUGGAAAGACUUCCUUAGAGGGAAUGGUUGCUCACUUCAACAGCAUUCUCCCAAUGGGACCCACAAUCAUCUACAAUGUGCCAUCAAGAACCGGCCAAGACAUUCCGCCGGGUGUGAUUCAUGAGGUGGCGAAGAGCCCUAAUUUGGCAGGUGUGAAAGAGUGUGUUGGGAAUGAUCGGGUGGAGCAGUACACAAGUUGUGGGAUUGCUGUUUGGAGUGGAAACGAUGAUGAAUGCCACGACUCAAGGUGGGCCCAUGGGGCGACAGGUGUCAUUUCGGUUGCUAGCAACUUGGUUCCAGGCCUGAUGAGGGAACUUAUGUUUGGGGGAAAGAACCCAAAACUGAACGCAAAGCUGCUUCCUUUGAUUAAAUGGCUUUUUCAAGAACCGAACCCGAUCGGCUUAAACACAGCUAUGGCACAGCUUGGGGUGGCUAGGGCCGUAUUCCGACUUCCCUAUGUUCCACUUCCCAGGGGGAAAAGAGAGGAGUUCGUGAAGAUUGUGAUGGAUAUUGGGCGGGAAAACUUUGUAGGAGAGAAAGAUGUUCGUGUUCUGGAUGAUGAUGAUUUUAUUCUGGUGGGGCGUUAUUAAAAGUUGUGGCUUGUGUUUUGUUAGAACUAGUGUUUUUCUAGUGAGUUAAGCUUAUAUGCUAGUUUUGUUGAACUCUACUAGCCCAAAUGUGUUGGAUGUUUUCUUCUCGUCUGUUUUAGCUCUUGGUCUUCCACUAUUUGGCCUGCCGCAUUUUUUUUUUGUUUUUGUGUUUUCUUCUCAUUUGUUGGUAUAACUAAUUGAAAAGAAGCUUUUGUGACUUUUUUUAGUUCUUGGUAACUAAAAAGAUUUAAAAGAA